ACCAUCGGCACCGUACUCAAGUCAGCCCAGCUCAGCACUGCUCAACGCGCGGCUCGCGGCCAACCCAACUCAGGUGGGCAACACGCCGAAGCCCCUUUCUUUUUGCCGCUGCGAAACCCAGUCAGUCUCAAUUCAGACGCGCUACGAGACACAUCCAUCCAUCCAUCUAUCCACAUCCAGUCUGUCUCACCACAAGCACCACACGGUCCUCAAUCCUUCGGUUACCAACCGUAGCACCCGUAGCUGACUGUGUGUAGUAGCAGUUAAGAGAUAUAUUUACUAGGUCUUAGCCGCAUGUUUCGCAGAGUCGGUUAGUGGCAGUCCUGCUGGGCACCAGGUGUCAAGUGUUGUGUCGUUUGACGGUUUCAGUGAGGAGGCAUCUCGCGCCCCCGGAAGGUGACUAAAACAGAAUUUGUGCUGUGUCCGAGAGUCUGUGAUAUCGAAAAUCACGACCUACCCUACACAGUAACCGGCACGGAAAACAGAAAAGAUUGAAAGUGUAAGAAGUGAAAUAAAACGGCUACCAACGCCAACGCGGGGGAAAGGAAAAGUUAGAAAAGAAGUCCAAACAUGCCCAACAGUGAUAGUGAUUAGUGAAGAGAUGCGAGAGCGCAAAAUAUCUAAAGAAAGUGCUGUAUCAUAAAACAUAAAAAAAGAGAAAAACGAAAACUCCACGCCACAUAGCGCGGCGCGUCGCACUAAAAGAAAAGCUCCUUUUAUUGUUUGCUAUAGCCAUCACCAUUGCCAUCGCGCCAUCACUGGCUAAGCGUACCGAGCACAUCGCCCAGGCAAGUGCAUUGGCCUCCCUUCUAACCGGGGAGGACUGCUGUCGGUUGUCAGCUCGGGCAAGCGUCGAAAAUUCGGAUUUUUAUUAGGAGCUAUAAUUUAGGGGACCUUAUCACCCCUUUGCGGGCGAAGGAGGAUGGCGAUAGAUGUCGCCAAAAGAAGCUGGUAUCCAGUUUUGUUGUUUGUGUUAAAUUUAUCCUGCCUUCACGCUGGUGAGCGAUGGUCUCGCCAGCUGACGGAGUUUGGUAAUAACGCAGGCAAUGAUUGGAUCCCGCUAUCACAGCCUUGCCCUACCUGUCGACCUGGAGAUCGACAAGCCGGAGCAAAGGUGUUAAACUUCUUCGAUAGCAGUGGUUUUCUGGGUAACGACAACAGCGCCCAACCACAGCAUCAUCAUUUCACCUUCGUGAAUCAACCAUUCCCGGCGGCUGGCCAAUCGAAUCGGUUUCCACCAGCACCAGUAGCUCAACCUCUCCAGCAGGAUUUUGAGUCUGCCUUCAAUCAGCCCUUUGGGAGUCAUCAAUCAUUCCUGCAACAAUCUCCGUUCGGUGGCAUACAGACAAUCCAGAGACAUCCACUUCCCCCAUACAGUCCAGAGCCCUCGACGAAAAAUGUACUAGUCCAAGAAAAACCAUCGAUUCUAGAACAGCAGCAGCAGCAGUUCCCUUUCCCACUACAGCAGCACACGCAAGGUAACAAUCUUCGUCAGCCACUGUUACAAACUGGUCAAAACCAACCAGGAAGUGGAGUUUCACAGGAAGAAGUUCAACUACUUUACGUCCCAGUGGAAACCUUGUACAAUCAAAAACCAGCUCAACAGGAAACGAACCGCUACAACGCUUUUCCACAACCUGUCAGUGCCUCACUCAUCAACGAUUUCUACACCUCUGUAACAACGACACCGAAACCGCGAACCACACAAACACCCUACACUACCAAGACUACAACGACUGCUCCUCAGCCUACUAAACCCAAGCCGAAUCAACCGCCGCUAGCCAUGUUUAUGUACAAUGAUGACAAGCAAUCCAAAAUAACCAUCUCGGAUGCCCUCGGCAAUCUGAAGAAUGUGAACGAAAUUGCCGUCCUAGACAGCCUCAGCAAGAAUCUGCCCAAAGUAUUCAUCGGUCCGUCAGGUCUUGCACCUCCCAAAGGAUACUCCAAGUUUGAACUGCCAUAUCUAUCCAGCAUUGAACAGAACCGCUUCGAUAGGAAACUUGACAGUUUGCCAUUUUUCGUUGCUCCUCUUAGCUAUAAAACGCCUACCGGAUUCUCUAAAAUUCCUCUUCCAGCGCCUCAUGUUGGAUCAGUGAUCGUCCAGCAGGCUAACAGUAGUCCAGCAAGUAACUAUUACCGGCAGCCAGAAAACAUUGAGUACUACCAACCGGCAACGUUAAAGUUCACCGAAGCUACCACAAAACCUACUAUAACACUACCAUCUACCAAGUCUCAGUAUGAUUCCGGUCACUACACCUCACCGUCCAACAAACAGACUACCGACAGAACCAACUACAGUCGAGGAAACACUCAAACCCCACAGGAAUCCUAUCGACAGCCACAGACUGAACGAGCGCUCCAUUCUCACUCACCAUUCAACAGCGUAAACAAUCAACCAAACCGACACAUAGUCAACGAAGAAUACUUUAAUCUUGCCAAAACCAAAAAGCCCACGACUCCGACUACGUCCUCGCUGAACUAUUCCCCAAAGACCUACAAACCAUUCGAGUUCAAACCUAUCCCAGACCAGAAGAUUCCGCUAUUUGGAGAUUCGGAACAGCUAUCAUCCAUCUUUACAACUCCGCAACCGGAAACGACAACCGAAAAAGUGCAUCCUUCCCGUCAGCAGGACACCCAGCCAAAGCCGCACAUUAAAGAGGAGAAUUUCCGCAACCGACGCCCUUACAGUGCCCCAACCGUUGCACCCCAGUAUGAAGAAGACGAGAACGCAGAUUCACUUCGAAACAACCACGAAGAGGAACACUUUGUGCACAAAUUCAAACUGGUAAACUCCGUUCGUCCACAAAACACCCAGACUACGAAGACAGUUGUCGAUAACGCCUUUUUGGAAUUCUUCCAUCAAGACAAUCGGGACAUGUUGAAAACCGUUGUGAACAAUGAUGCUCCGAGUGGAGGACCGCAAACGAUUCGUAACAAUUACUUCCAACCGAACACCAACGACGAUACACCUAAGCAAAAGUUCGUUAGCACAUACUACGUACCGACAACUACUCCGGUAACAGCCAGAACAACGACCACAACUGUACCACCGAAAACUACGGUGGACGCCUUUUUCGAAGACUUCGAAGAGAAGAGUAGACUUUUCGAAUCGGAUCGUCCUCGAUUCCCCCAGCAGUCCCGACAACCCGAGUCAUCAUACAACUCGGAUUCCUACGUAAACCAGUUCUCUGAAAAUUCCUACAUCAACAAGUACAAAUACGAAACGAACACAAACGAUGAAACGCACUACCCCGUGGAAGUAGUCACCACACAAGAUCCGUUACGGUACGACACAACCAGCGAAACUUCACGCCUUACAACGCCACCAUCCAACGAACAGUCUUAUAGCAUUCCUUCCGAACUACCACCCAUCAGUGCAAACCUUCCGGGAUUGGUCAACUCUCUCAUGGAGGAUGAAUGGUCACCACAGAAGAACACUGAACAGAAGGGUGCGUCAGGUCCUGCAACCUCAACCACCGCCAAGGGACACUUCCGGAAGACAGUGCACCGAACAUCGACCGCCCCAGUUACGGCCGAUCCUUACGUCACAGAGAUGACGACAAGACGACACCGGGGCAGACGACCAACAAGCAGUUCAACUUACAGCGAUUCCACAGCGCCAACCAGAUCAACAACGAUCAACCGAAGUCGAUCACGAUAUGUUCCAUCCAGCGAUGAGAAACCGGUUGGUAGAGGAAGAGUCAGAACUCGCCUGCACAGCAGUUCACGAGUCGCUAAAGAAGAGGAAAAUCUUGACUACCAAAGAGAUGUUCUGAAACAAAACUAUCCAGUCAUAAGGCCUUCGUCGCACUCCACAACCACGACCAGUCCUCCACCUCCUCCUCCUCCACCUCCAUCAACAACUCCCAGUACGACCACAACCCAUGCAACCACAAUGCCUCUGACGUACUCACAAAUCUUCGAAGAGCAAACAGACCGCCUGAAUCUGUACCCCAUGACACAAACGGAACACAUUCCGGAGGUACCAACGAACGAAGAAGUUUCCAACCCGAAGAAGGAAACCUACUACAGCGAAAACUACGAAUCGGAAGCUACAAGUCCGUUCGCACCAACCACAAUCCACCAGAAUGGACGCGAGUCGACAGUGCAACAGGAUGACGAAUCCGUUCGAGUUCUGCCGGUUAACUACCACCAGGUAGAACAACAGCGUGAAACUCCAGUCAAAUCAGUAGAAGUUCAACGAGAACAACCAGUCUACAGCACCAGAAGACAACACCCAGUUAAACAAGAAGAAGUAGAAACUCCCGCAAGCAACCACCAGGAUGAUGGACAGGACAUUCGCAAAGUGGAAAUUACUCCCAGACCCAGGAGGCCACUGUCGAGACAAUCCGUUUACUCACCAAGGACAACGAUCGCUACGGAGCGAGCGACCACAGAACGCACGACAACCGAAUCGUUAAGAGGAUCGUCGCAACGUCGACCAGCAUUCGUGAGGCGUCCCGGUCGUCCAUUGUACACGACGACGACGACGGGUGCACCUACUACGACGUAUUUUAGCCGAGGUGUCUCUGGUGAUGAUGAGCAACCUACGCAAGGAGCAUUUACCGUGCGUCCAAAAACCCGCCAAGACAUCCUCCGUGCGAGAACGCGUCGACCGCUGACGACUUACGCGACUCCCACUACAACCGCUUCUCCAGAGCCUUCGGUCACUAGAGGGUUCGCGAGAACUAAGGAACUUCGAAGGGUGUCUCCCACUAUUCGAUCUAGACAAGAACAACCGCAACAACAACUACAGGACCAAUCAUCCGAAAAACCGACGGAAACUCAAACGCCAAGAUUCCGCAUCCGUGAGCGGACCCGAUUCAGCUUACAGCCGCAGGAAAGUCAAUGGUCUACGAAGCUAACACAGAACUCGUUCCAACCGGUGCAGAGUGUAGAAUCGCGACACAAAAACUACGAAGAAGAACAUCAGUCCAUCGAGCCGGAACCGGAAAUCGUAACAGCCAGCCCGUACCAGGAGGAAAAAAAUCAACUAGUCAACGUUUCCGCUAACCUCGCCGACGCACCCACGACCCCGGCCGGUGUGGUGACGAAGGAGGUUGCACUCAGCCAGAUGCCACCGCAGGCGGACGAUAGCAACGUUCCCUCAUUCGCCGAACUGCUGAACGAUGUGAUGAAGGAAUACAUCGACGAGAACAUUCAACCGGAAGUGGACACGGAAAGCAAACCUGUAGAAAACGAAGUGCUCAAUAACGGGGAAAGAACGUCGACCGAAGCACAGCGUCCAUCGACAACCACCGGUAGCAACGAAUUCGAGCGACAAUCCCACAAUAUCCGCAAUGGGUACAAUUUCCGCAAGCGAGGACGGGCACACGCCGUUGACUCGUUCGAAACCGCCGAAUCGCAGCACAUCAACAGUCACGUGUUCAACACGGCCGGAUACGGACCGCUUAAAAACAUCGACAAGGCUUACCUUCGGGGUAAAAAUUUGGUGGAUGAUGCCAAGAGAAUCAAUUACGUGACACCGGAAUCAAACGCCGCUAGUCUGCCAGCUCAAAUGGAACUGGUUGGAACUACUGUCCUCCCACCACCGGAAACGACAACAUUGGUGAUUGCAGAAACUACACCGGCCAUUGAAACCACCUCCUUCCUGCCUACGGAGAAGGAAACCACGACGCCACCUCCUACGGUAUCGGUUCAGCUAGGCGAAGAUGAGCAAGCUUCCACCGAGCAAUUCUACGACGAUGAUGCCGAAAUUGGACAGGAAGAUCAACCUCCUAACAAGGAAGCCACCAACGAAGGAAUAUUCGCCGACGUGAAAAAGCAACUGUCCGACCUUUUCGCCAUGGCCGAGAGCGAUCCGGACUCGGAAGAAACGGAAGAUGAUGAGCGCUUCGCGCCACUGAUGGUGGAUCACCAAGCCUUGGAACGGAUGACUACCAGUACGGCUGAGCCGGAAUCGAUCACCUCCACCACGACGGAGCUGACGCCUAGCGAUAGUAAAGCUGAAUCACCGAUUUCGGAACCGGUUCAGAAUGCCAUGGGCUCAAUGGCCAUCCCCACGUCCACCUCGAACGGAAUCACCCACGAAACCGAAAUCUGCUAUCGGGGGCGAUGCGUCAAGACGGAUGAGAAAAAGCAGAAAAAGAACAAGUUCAAACCAAAUUAGUGGUACGACGUAGCCUUAUUCUGUCUUUAGUAGGUAGUGUUCUUUUUUGUAAAGAGAAACGUUACGACUUAUUUAUUUGUAAUAUAUAAGUGUAGAGGUAAACAAAUAAAACAUUUAAAAUCCGA